UUGCUUGCCGGCGGUCAGACGGACCGGAUGUAGUUGCGGCUGAUGUCAGUUCCGGCGGGUGACGGUGCGGACGGGUCAGGAGCGUAGAGGCGGCGGCAAAAUGGCGGCGCCUGAGGAGCGGGAUCUAACCCAGGAGCAGACAGAGAAGCUGCUGCAGUUUCAGGAUCUGACUGGCAUAGAAUCUAUGGAUCAAUGUCGCCAUACCUUGGAACAGCAUAACUGGAACAUAGAGGCUGCUGUGCAGGACAGAUUGAAUGAGCAAGAGGGUGUACCAAGUGUUUUCAACCCACCUCCAUCCCGCCCCCUGCAGGUUAAUACAGCUGACCACAGGAUCUACAGCUAUGUUGUCUCAAGACCACAACCAAGGGGGCUGCUUGGAUGGGGUUAUUACUUGAUAAUGCUUCCAUUCCGGUUUACCUAUUAUACAAUACUUGAUAUAUUUAGGUUUGCUCUUCGUUUUAUACGGCCUGACCCUCGCAGCCGGGUCACUGACCCCGUUGGGGACAUUGUUUCAUUUAUGCACUCUUUUGAAGAGAAAUAUGGGAGGGCACACCCUGUCUUCUACCAGGGAACGUACAGCCAGGCACUUAAUGAUGCCAAGCGGGAGCUUCGCUUUCUUUUGGUUUAUCUUCAUGGAGAUGAUCACCAGGACUCUGAUGAGUUUUGUCGCAACACACUCUGUGCACCUGAAGUUAUUUCACUGAUAAACACUAGGAUGCUCUUCUGGGCAUGCUCUACAAACAAACCUGAGGGAUACAGGGUUUCUCAGGCUUUACGAGAGAACACCUAUCCAUUCCUGGCCAUGAUUAUGCUGAAGGAUCGGAGGAUGACUGUGGUGGGACGACUAGAAGGCCUCAUUCAACCUGAUGACCUCAUUAACCAACUGACAUUUAUCAUGGAUGCCAACCAGACUUACCUGGUGUCAGAACGCCUAGAAAGGGAAGAAAGAAACCAGACCCAGGUCCUGAGACAACAGCAAGAUGAGGCCUACCUGGCCUCUCUCAGGGCUGACCAGGAAAAAGAAAGAAAGAAACGGGAGGAGCGGGAGCGUAAGCGGCGGAAGGAGGAGGAGGUGCAACAGCAAAAGCUGGCAGAGGAGAGACGGCGGCGGAAUUUACAGGAGGAAAAGGAAAGGAAGUUGGAGUGCUUGCCCCCUGAGCCUUCCCCUGAUGACCCUGAAAGUGUCAAGAUCAUUUUCAAAUUACCCAAUGAUUCUCGAGUAGAGAGACGAUUCCACUUUUCACAGUCUCUAACAGUAAUCCACGACUUCUUGUUCUCCUUGAAGGAAAGCCCUGAAAAGUUUCAGAUUGAAGCCAAUUUUCCCAGGCGGGUGCUGCCCUGUGUCCCUUCAGAGGAGUGGCCCAAUCCCCCUACACUACAGGAAGCUGGACUCAGCCACACAGAAGUUCUCUUUGUUCAGGACCUAACAGACGAAUGACACUUUUUCUUUCUCUCAAUUCCUAUCCCAAUCCCUAAAAGAAAUGGAAAAAACAGAAAACAAACAACAAAAAAAGAGAGAGAGAAAUUCAUAUUAUUAUUAUUAUUAUACAAUAUUUUUUUUAAAAAGACUGCUGCAUCCUAAGGAAGGAUCAGAAACCAUGCUGCCUGCAAGAGUCAGAACCUGUGUGUGUGUGUUUGUGUGUGUGUGUGCGCGUGCGCGUGCGUGGGAAGUUAGCAAUGACCAUACCCCAUCAACGAACCCACCCUUCCCUACGGCCUCUGCACACGCACCUUCCAGCAAGCGGAGACUCUCCAUCUUCAACCCAUCCAUUGUCCCAGCUGGGGAUGGGGACAUUCCCAUUAGUUCUCAUUCAUUCUUGCUUUUAUGGAAAAUAAAAGUGAAAAACCUCCAACCAGCUACUUACUGCAGCAUCUCCUAAGGACUUGCUUCUCCCACCUCUGGAGAAGAGAGAAAAGAGCACAGAACAGAGAUGUUCCUUGAACUGCCCACAAUUUACAAAUAACUUUCUGUUGCUUUGUAAUGACCAAAGGAAUGAGGCUGGCAUAGAUGUAUUUUUUUUUCCUUAACUUUAUUGAUAAAGAGCCAAUUCUUAAACCCACAAGUUCAUGCCCUGGGCUCCUUAGCCCACAGUAGUGUAAUAAAGGUGCCCUGGGCUGGUUUGUGCUUAUUUCUGCCAUUGUCCCUCCCUCUCAUGUUCCCAGAGAGGUCAUUCUUUUUGGUCCAACUCUUGCUGACCUUUCUUGCCACCUAUGUACUCCACUUGAAUCAGUGGGAGGAAAUCUGGGUUUAUAGCCCCACAAAGGCUGUGUACGUACAGGUACACCCAAGUAUGUGGUGUGAACUCCUUUACACACAACUGCAGCUUUUUCUUGGAAUCUGUACCAGGAGGUUGUUGUGGGGUGUGAACCAAAGGAUAGCAGCUCUUCAUUCCUCUUCUCACAUGUGCAUACCAUUCCUCCCAGCCCCAGGCUUUCCUGAAUUGCCAGGCUUGGUGCCUUUCCAGAGGACUAGCAGGGCCUGUGGUGAAGCCAGCAGAACCACGUGAGAGUGCCCUGCCUGUCGCGGUGGAUGUGUGUUUUAAGGAUAGAAGGAACCAGAAGCCUUGAAGGAAACCAAGACAACUCCCAGCCUGUAAACUGUGGGAGGCACAUUUCGGUUUCUGAUGUAGCCACCUUCUGGAGGCGGUUUUUAUCCUCUCCCUCUAUUGCUAUGUUGAAGUAAUAGAGGUUUUUUUUAAACCUCUGGAUGUCUUCAUCUGUGGUUGAGUUUAUGGUAAUGGGUACGUGGGUCAGGCCAUGUAUUAACAGAUGCCGGUGUGUUGACAAGUAUUCCAAAGCUUUCUAUAGCUAGAGUGGUGCAGGCUCGUUGUAACACUGCAACCUACUGAAGUUACUGUAGUUCCUAGCAUGCUGUGAGGGCAGGGGCUUCAGGUAAAGCAUAACUUGCUAGAUUUGUAGUCUCCAAAGGCUUUGUCUCGUGCUUAACUAAAACCUAAGGACCAGUCUUAGAGGUAGCAGUAAUGUGGUUACUGUUCGCUGCAGCCUUGUUAGGGUAAACAUGGGGCAGGGUGAAGCACCUUCAGAUACCACCUGAAGAGUCUGAAAAUUUGCCGGUGCCUAAAACACCAUCUCUAGGAAAAUAUAAUUCUGUCCCUGACUGCCUGUUGUUCUUCCACUUGGUUUUCUGCUGUCCCAAGGCCAGAUGAGUGGGAAAUUGCCAUCUGACUGUUGUCAUGAAAUGUAUCUGAAGUGAACACCAGGAUAAACCAUGUUCUGCGUUGAACCUUAUGUGAAAUCUGCUUGCCUCUGACAACCAUGCAUGGAGGAAUUUUACCACUUAACUCAGAGCCCCCCCGUCUGGAAUUCACAGCUGUUUCCCUGGUGGUGCACAGGAGGGUAUUAAGGGCCUUCGUUAUGCUGGGUUAUACUGUAUAAGUAUCCUGCCCACACCUCUUUGGGGAAAUUGUGAUUUUUUUUUCCUUCAUAAUUCAAUAUCAUCUUACUCUACAAUGUGCACUUUAUGCCUCUUGACUUUUGAUAACUUGUUCAGUAAAGGAGGUCAGAUGCCAGAAUAUUUAUUAAGAAAGGUCUCUAAUCUUUAUGUUAGCGCAACUCUCGAGACAGCCCACCCGCUUACUUUAGGUUUGAGAGGCUUCACAUGCCGCACACUCCCCUUUCCAUUCCCUUUUGAAACAAUUCUGCUCUUAGACCCGGUGCCUGUCUCUCUGCUGACCCUAGUGCUGCUGCCUUGGUGCCAUUUCCUUUCCUAAGUGAAAUAUGGGCUGCACAUUUGUCACUUAAUGCCAGUACAAUCUAUAUGUUAUUCCCAAGGACCGCUGGGAGAUUGGUGGGACCUGCAAGGGAGAAAACACCGAGAAGCUGGGGAUCUGCAGGCAUUUGCUCUUGUUUCCAAAUCACCUCUGGAAUAUUUCAGCUGUUGUUUCCAAAUGCCAAGUCACCAACUAAAUAAAAACACUUGUUUCAAAUUUUGUUUUGUACUCCCAAGACUGAAGUUGUAGAUUUAGCUGCAUAACCAUGGGAAAUGACCAAGCAAAGACACCCGUUUGGAGUCAGUUGAAUUUUUGCAGCUUCAGUGGGGCCAUUCUGGUCUUUUCUCCCACUUCUGCAGAAUUUCCUGCAGCAAACAUUUCUUUUUCCUUGCUUGCCUCCACCAUGAUAAGAGAUAGCCAGAGGAGAAUACCUAUCUCUUUAAAAACUAAAACGAACCUAUAAUCUUCAAACGAGCAGUUAUUAUGAGAAUUGCUAAUGGUGCCAAGGCCAAGGAAAGAGUUUCAGAAAAUGACUGUGAGGAGUGAUAACGCUCAGAAUGCAGCAUCAGGGGAGUAUUACCGUCUGGUGCUUGAACAAGGAGCUCCACUUUACAACUGGUGUUUUUAGGACUUGCAAGGAAUGCAGCAACGGGAAAUCCAUCCAUAAAGGAUGCAGUGCCCCAACUUGUACUGCACUUGAGUAGCUAUGUGAUAAUUUACUGAAGAAAUCUAGUGUACUUUAAAUUUUUUUCAUAAAAGUUUACAUUGUAUUGUAGGUUAACAUUAAAUGUUUUAUAACAAAA